AUGGUAAACUUGAUCGAACCUGAGCCAAAAGAAGGAUCCGAGCAUGGAGUUGAUGAUACACCCGAAUAUGAGGAAGAGGAGUUGGCUGACGCUGAUGAGGGAAUCCCACUUUCCCGAUCCUUAGUAAUUCAACGUUUACUCUUGACCCCGAGGCAAGAAGAUCAAUCCCAAAGGCACAAGAUUUUUCGUACUCGCUGCACAGUCAACCAAAGGGUAUGUGAUGUGAUUAUUGAUGGUGGUAGUGGGGAGAAUGUAGUGUCAAAGGAGAUGGUAUCGAAGUUGGGUUUGAAAACUGAGAAGCACCCUGCUCCAUACAAGAUCGGAUGGAUCAAGCGAGGAACCGAGACACUAGUAACCGAGAGAAGUCGUUUCACAUUCUCAAUCGGUAAACAUUACUCAGAUUCUCUUUCAUGUGAUGUAGUCGAGAUGGACGCAUGCCACUUAAUCCUGGGAAGACCUUGGCAAUUUGAUGUGGAUGCCCAGCACCAAGGAAGGGCUAAUGUUUACAUUAUCUUUCGGGAUGGUCGGAAGAUAAUAUUUCGACCCUUACAAGAAGUCGAAAAUUCAACUCAUUCCAAGGGUAAGCCGGUCCUCCUAUCCACUAGUUCAGAAUUUAUAGAAGAAGUUAAGGAGGCCCGAGACAUCGUAGCAUUGGUGACUAAGGGAACGCCGAAUUCCGUCUCACAAGAAGUUCCCAAGAUAAUGCAACCGAUAUUAGAAGAAUUUCGAGACAUCAUGCCUGAAGAGAUGCCCGAAGGCCUGCCACCCAUGAGAGAUAUCCAGCACUGUAUUGACUUAGUGCCAGGAGCAAGUCUCCCAAACUUGCCACACUAUCGAAUGAGCCCAAAGGAGAAUGCUAUUUUGCAAGAGCAGGUAGAUGGGUUAAUUCAGAAUGGACAUCUGCGCGAGAGUAUGAGUCCAUGCGCAGUACCGGCCCUACUUGUACCGAAGAAAGAUGGAAGUUGGCGAAUGUGUGUGGAUAACCGAGCAAUAAACAAGAUCACGAUCAAGUAUCGAUUUCCAAUUCCCCGAAUAAGUGACAUGUUUGAUAUGCUAUCUGGGGCUAAGAUUUUUUCGAAGAUUGACUUGAGGAGUGUCACCAAAUCCGUAUACGACCGGGAGAUGAAUGGAAAACUGUAA